AUGGGGCGAGCUCGCCGGAACUAUCUACAUCUCACGGGCCACGGAGUAGGAGCCCAACUCUGUGUCCAGGAGGGCCCCAUCGACCUGACGGGAAGGUGGUCCCAGGUCCUUGCCCGCGCCGGUAUCCAGGAGCCGGGAAUCAGGAAGAAUAUGGAAAGGGAAGCCAAGCUUAUUGGCCUAAAGCUGUUUGCAGCCAUCUUGCUACCUCUCUUAUAUAAGGGUACGAUAUUGGCCGUCUUCCACUGCAAUGGAAAGUCCCCAGUUCUCAUGGAAAAGCGAUGA